GCUCCGCUCCCUAAUCGCCAUACUUGCCCGGUGGAGCGGAGCAGCAGAAGCACACUCGGAGCAACUGGUAAACGUAAGAAAAAUGGCUGAACAGGAGCCCACCCCGGAGCAGCUAGCAGCCAUUGCCGCUGAGAACGAAGAGCCCGAGUCUGUAAACUACAAGCCCCCGGCCCAGAAGAGCCUGCAGGAGAUCCAGGAGCUGGACAAGGAUGAUGAGAGCCUCCGAAAGUACAAGGAGGCCCUGCUGGGGAAUACCCCUGUCAGCGCAGACCCCAACACUCCGAAUGUCCAGGUGACACGCUUGACUUUGGUUUGUGAUGCGGCUCCAAACCCUCUGACCCUAGAUCUACAAGGAGACCUGGAGUCUUUCAAGAAGCAGUCUUUUGUGCUGAAGGAGGGAGUGGAGUACAGGAUAAAAAUCAGCUUCAAGGUGAACCAGGAGAUAGUGUCAGGACUCAAGUAUGUGCAGCAGACUUCCAGGAAAGGAGUAAAGAUUGACAAGUCAGACUACAUGGUGGGAAGUUAUGGGCCGCGACCAAAUGAAUACGAUUUCCUAACCCCGCUUGAGGAGGCCCCGAAGGGCAUGCUGGCCCGUGGCACUUACAAUAUCAAGUCCAAGUUCACCGACGACGACAAGCAUGACCACCUCUCCUGGGAGUGGAACCUCAACAUCAAGAAAGACUGGAAAGACUAAGAUGCCUUCAGAAAUCCCAUCAUUCCUGUAUUUCUUUCUUAAUUCCAUUUUUUUCCCUCCUCCUUACCCCCCCCCCCCCCAUCCCUUCCAAUUCACUGCUUAACUACGGUAGCGUCAAAGAAUUCUGUCCGUCCAGCUCUUCAUGGUCAUCUGUUCUACAUCCCCCCCAGUGCAACCACAUUUGAUACCACUGUACUGUAGCUGUCCUUGACCUACCCUGUAUUGUUUUGUGCUGCUUGAAGGGAUAGCACCUCCUCCAACCCCUACCCCAUACCUCCCCUCCUCCACGGUGUCUUCCACAGCCCAGCAAGAAGUACGGAAGUGGAAAAACAAACAAAAAGAUGUACAAUCUAGUUUUUGCAUAUUUGUUUGUUUAAACAUAAAUAUUAAAGUAAAGAAAAAGGAAGAUGCAGAAAAAAUUGAUAUUUUGGCAUGGCUGUUAUUAAUCAAUCUCCAUGACCGUUACUCUUUCUAUUCUCUAUAAUUCCCCUGAUUCUUCUCAAUUGCCCUUUCCCCUCCCUUGUCUUUCACAUUCCUUUUUCCUCCUUGCGAGUUUUUUUUUUUCUUUUUUUUUUUAAGCCAAGAUCUGCCUUGUUAAGUGUUCAGUGAAUGAAAGAUAGAGCUGCUCUCUAUCUGCUGCUCCCUCCCCUAACUAAGCAUUCACUCUCAGAUUUUCUUUGGGUUGUGGGCCAACGGGGUAGAGGGAGUUCAACAUGGAAACAAAAAAAGAAAACGGGAGCUCAGACUCCCCCGCCUUAUCCAGAGCGAUCAGGGACAGGGACAGCCGUAGAUGAUGUAGAGAAGUUUAACGUAGAAGCGCAAAUGGGUUGAAGGUCCUUACACAGCUGUAUGGUGCAGGUAGGGUGAUGCAGGCUGUGGAAGCACAGGCCUUGUCUGUCAGAGAUCUGUUAAAGCCUAAUGGAGGAGCCAGCUGCCUCUAAUGAAAACUCAUGCAGAGAGGGGGUCAAACGCACAUGGAGAGGUAUCCUCGCCCUCUCUGUCCUGUCGUUUUACCAGAUGCAACUUUCCCCUGCAAAAUCUCAGCAAAAACUAUAUGCCACUUUCUCAUUUUUUUCCCUUCAGAUGUUACCCCAGUAAGACAUUUGAAUAAUUGUGACUUAUCUUGUUCUAUUUUCUGUAGCUAUGUGGCCUUAAAGAGAAUUCCAGUUCCAAAACAGAGGAGUGAAACAAAUAUUUUUUGCCUUAAUUGUACAUUGCCCCUUUGCCACUGCCCUGGCUGUCUGCUGCCCCUCAGAUCAAUAUUACGGGCAGGUGCAGACACUUGCUUAAAUCAUCAUCUGCUGCUGAAGACCACAAUGUUGAUGAGUGAUCCAGGGCACAGACACAGUAGUGAAAGGGAAGUCAGUGUGCAUCUUUGACAGCCAGGGCACCACCUUCUGCCCUUUGCUAAAUACAAUGUUUAUGAAAUAUAAUUUGGUUUGUGUGGUCUAGAUGGUGUUGGUAGAAAUGACUGAUUGGUUUGAGUAGGCAUGUGAUGGAAGGGUAUUAUCUAAGUUGGUAUUCAGAUCGCAAAGGAAAGGAGUGUCAGAGUGAUCAGGGAACUGUGGUGCAACUGCUUGAGUCCUAGCAGGUUUAAAGAAUGAUGGCAGAAGUUUUCCUCAUCUGUGCUCAUCCCCCUUCACAUUGUACCAUUUAUUAAAACCCCAGAUACACUAGUGGGGUGGAUAGUCUUUGGCCAUCGGUUUUGGUCCCCUGUUUGGUCAAUGAGAAAUUUCUCAGAUCUCAGUGGACUUUUUCUCUGAUAAAUAAAGCACCGUUUUGUGAAUGUGGAAAUUUACAGCCGGUGUGAGGCUUGCUGGACAUCUCUUCUUGAGCGCAACAUCUAAACAGAAUGGGGGAGAAAAAAUGCUUUCACAAAAUGCCUCCAGAAUCGUCCAACAUAAACUGACUCCUGAGGUGUGCGUCAGUCAUGUAAAUGCCUCUUUCUGCUGUUACCCAUCUGACUUCCUGGAUGGCAGUAGGAAUGAUUUAGCCAAAGGCGCCUUGUCUGAUGGCCACAGCUGCUUUACCGUUAAUGUGAAGGUUAGUUGGCCCUUCCCCUUGUGGUUUACGGUUCCCUGCUUCUGGACUCAGCAUUCAGACCAUUGAUUUGAUGAGGACAAAUAUUUGAGAGGACAGGGACCAGUCCUGCAAAGGUUUUUCAGCUG